AUGGCACCUCCAGCUGAUGAUCCCAGCAUCAGAACAGGCGGACUGCAAAGUCAACUCGGCGCAGAUGGAAACCCCAUCGUCCAUCCCGUCGAAGUCGACGCGACCAACGGUCACGUCAACCCUCCGCCGCCACCGGUUCCUGACGUAGAAGCUCCCGUCACGACCGCCGCGUUAACCGCCGCCAUGCAAGGCUUUGCUGCUCAAAUUGCUUCUCAAUUCGCCGAGAUGCAAGCUCAGCAGCAAAAGUACAACGAGCCCGAGAAGACACCGAUCUCGUCAUCAUAUACGAAAUCGAGCGGUCUCGUCAUCACACGAGCCCGAUAA